UUCUGAUAGCCAUCCAAUCCUUUUGUGUGUGAUUAGGAAAACGCAGAGAGAUGGGUUCCAUAGCUCCGGCUGAUAAACCUCAUGCUGUGUGCGUCCCUUUUCCAGCUCAGGGUCACAUAAACCCAAUGCUCAAACUAGCAAAACUACUCCACUUCAAAGGCUUUCACGUAACCUUUGUUAAUACAGAGUAUAAUCACAAACGCCUACUCAAGUCUAGAGGCACCAACUCCCUUGAUGGCUUCCCAGACUUCCAGUUUGAGACUAUCCCUGACGGUCUUCCAUCAUCAGAUAUUGCUGAUGCCACUCAAGAUAUCCCAUCUCUUUGCAAAUACACCUCCCAAACUGCUUUAGCCCCACUAUGUGAUCUUCUUGCCAAACUCAACUCCUCAGGUGUUGUGCCCCAGGUGACAUGUAUUGUCGCUGAUGCUUGCAUGAGUUUCAGUCUUGAUGCAGCUGAAGAAUUUGGAAUUCCUGAAGCAGUGUUUUGGACACCUAGCGCCUGUGGUGUUUUGGGCUACUCGCAGUAUCGUCCUCUCAUCGAAAGAGGCUUAAUACCUCUGAAAGAUGCGAGGGAUCUAACAAAUGGCUACUUAGAAACACCAGUAGAUUGGAUUCCAGGAAUGAAAGAUAUCCGUUUGAAGGAUCUUCCAACUUUUAUCAGAACUACUGACGUAAACGACUUCAUGUUGCAAUUCCUGAAAAGAGAAAUUGACAGAACUUCAAGAGCUUCUGCUGUCAUUCUUAACACAUUCGACUCCUUCGAACAAGAUGUUUUGGAUGCUCUCUCCCCAAUGUUUCCUCCGAUUUACACUGUUGGUCCUCUUCAAUUGCUUGUUGAUCAGAUUCCGAAUGGUGAUCUGAAAAAUAUUGGCUCCAAUCUUUGGAAAGAACAGCCAGAGUGUAUUGAAUGGCUUGAUUCCAAAGAACCAAAAUCUGUGGUGUACGUAAAUUUCGGUAGCAUCACUGUAAUAACACCCCAGCAAAUGAUAGAAUUUGCUUGGGGACUGGCCAACAGCAACCAAACUUUCUUAUGGAUAAUAAGACCUGAUAUUGUUGUAGGUGAAGCCGCGAUGUUGCCACCUGAAUUUUUAUCUGAAACAAAGGAUAGAGGCAUGCUUGUAAGCUGGUGUCCCCAAGAACAAGUGUUGAAGCAUCCUUCCAUAGGAGGGUUUCUAAGUCACAUGGGGUGGAAUUCAACAUUGGACAGUAUCUGUGGUGGCGUGCCAAUGGUUUGUUGGCCAUUUUUCGCUGAGCAACAGACCAACUGUAGGCUUGCCUGUACUGAUCAAUGGGGCAUUGGCAUGGAGAUAGAUAACAAUGUGAAAAGAGAUGAAGUGGAGAAACUUGUGAGAGGAUUAAUGGUGGGAGACAAGGGAAAAGCAAUGAAAAAGAAGGCAAUGGAAUGGAAAACCAAGGCAGAGGAGGCAGCUUUGGCCGGUAAUAGUUCUCAUCGGAACCUGGAUCAAUUGGUAAAUGCUCUUUCUAACAAAAAAAUAAGUUAGAAGCCUGAAUGCAUGGCAAGCA